CCUUUUCCUUACACGAGUCAAUCUCUUGAAUUCCCCUAAACCUUCGUGGCGUAACUGUUUAUUACCUCCUAGUUACAGCACUUCAUACAGGAUUUAUAAGCGAGCGACAUCUCAGGUGUUCACAUUGUGGAGGCUGCGGAUCGGACCUCGCUCUCUCAAAGGCCGUUUAGUGAUUUCUAAUCUAACACCUGUGCCGUUCUUACUUUGCGUACUCACUCUGUGACUCGUGUCUUGUUCGUUGCUAUUAUUUUUAUUUUUCGUGAAUUUCUCUUUAGGUCACGUGAUCAUUGGGAAGCUGCAGGAGCAGCUAAGUUAACACUACCUUCUUUUUUUCUCAGCUGACACUUUCGCUUGAACUACUUUAGGUGCUCUCAGUGUGCAACCCUGACUUUGCAUCAGGGUGUGCUGUUUGUGCUCGAGGACGUAUACUGAUAAAGGAGCUGCACAGCCAGCUGCACCGGCCCCCUUCACGCUCAUCCCCUGCGCUAUGAGCAGAGGUAGAGGAGGGCCUUCCAAAGAACACUACCAUAGACAUCCACCACCGCACCUCCAGGCCAAGGAGAAUUACAACAGAUCUGGCCCAGCCUCACUCUACCCCAGAGCUGGCCCACAGCAAAGCCCAUAUUCAAGUUAUUACAACAGCUCUGCCCCUCCUGCAGUGUCCAUACAGGCCCCAACUCCCUCUUUCAUUCCCUCCAAUCCACCGAUACCAUGCCACAGUAAAGCAGCCCCUAAACCUGUGGUCCUUCACAAUUCACAUAAUCCACGUCCCAGUCCUGAUCCAAAUUCAUUUCACUACCAACAGGUGGAGUUCCUGAGAGGACACAGCUCUGAGGCUCCACAGUUCAGAGCCAGUCCACUAGGAGGGGGAGGGGGAGUGGGAGUGGGACCCAGCAGGCCACCCAGUUCCUCAUAUCAGCUCCAGUCAGGGUACAAUAGAUAUUCAAACCCCAACAGCAGCCCUAGGUGGAGAGACGGGUAUAGCCAGGACCAGAGUUUUUCGCACCCACCCAGUGUAGGACCCACACGAGGUUCCCAAGCCCCUCGACACCUGAAUCAAAACUUUUUACAACAAAACCACAAUAAGUACUCCAACAGACAAUGCUUCCAAACAGACUCUUUGUGUGAUAAUUUUCGGAGUUUCUCUCUUCAACGAGAAAGGCCCAACAGAGGAGAAAGGUUUGACAGACAAUCUGCAUACAGCAGCUCGGCAAUCUCCAGCUUUAGUAAAGUUAACAUCACUCUCACUCCUCACAUCCAGGAUCAGGUACAGAGGGCUUUGGCUGCAUUGAAGCCAAGUGAGAGUAUCUCUGCAAAAUUGUUAGCUAAAAAGCUGCGUCUGCCCAAAAAGAUAGUGAACAAGGCCCUCUACUCUUUGGAACGCUCACAGAAAGCCUCCAAGCAAGGACUCCUCCCUCCAGAGUGGACUGUUUACAGAGGACCUCUCAGAUGCAACAGAGAUCAAAUCUCUGAUGUACAAAGUCCACCAUCCCAUCUGUGUGUCAGCUCAGAACACCCUCAAAAACCUAAAGCCAAGGUUGAGCUAAAAACAGAAACAGCAAGAAACAAGGGAGAGGCCAAAGAAGAGGACUCUGACACAGAAUCCAGUUCUUCUUACUGCUCUUCUUUAGAGUCAUCUGACUCUGAAGAAUCCCAGUCACCAGCAAAAGGUCAGCACAAAAAGAAACAACAUCCCGGCACUACCAGCUCUCCUGAUCAGGAACUUCAGCUUCCCACAAUGACAGACCAGAAGGAGCUCGUUCUGCGUUACCUCCUGCAUGCAGGGGAGGCAACUGCUCUGGUCAUAGCCAAAAAUCUGGGUCUUAGGAGUGCCAAACAGGUCAAUCCCACCCUUUAUGUUCUGGAAAAGCAAGGAGAUGUUAUUAAGAAUGGUGAAGUCAACCCUCACACCUGGGAGCUCUCCACCCGGCGCAGAGAAAGGAUGGAGAGGAUCCUCAAAGCCGCACAGAGCACCCCAGCUGAGGAGUGUCAGAUGGAGGAGGAACCUAGUAGAGAAGAGAAGGGAGGAGGGUCCAUCUUCCUGCCGUCACCACCACUACCACCAGGUCCAUGCCUCGAGCCGAUACGUCUGCUAGAAGGCUUGAUGCCAGAGCAAAGUCACAGUGAUGCGCCCCCCUCCUCUACCUCAUGUCAAGACAAAGAAACCAACGAAGGACAGUGGGCCACUGAUGAUAUCCCAGAAUUCCUCAACGCCAUUCGCCGGGAAACGGACGCUGAAAAAGUGGCAGCAGAGAGGGCCAACGCCAUGGGAACUGUUGCUGUGUCACUUGCUGCCCCACCUCCCCAGAACCUGUGGGCCAAGUUACAGGAAGUGAGGCUGAAGAACCCUGUCAGCGGCCUCAUGGAAUAUGCCCAGUAUCUGGGCCAGAACUGCGAGUUCCUGCUCCUUGACCAGUCGGGACCCUCCCACGACCCAAGAUUCCGAAUGCAGGUGAUGCUCAACGGGAGACAGUUUCCUGUCGCAGAAGCUUCCAGUAAGAAGGUUGCAAAAAAGGACGCUGCGGCGGCCACCCUGCGCGUUCUCAUCGGAGAGAUGCAGGGAGGGUCGAGCUCAGGGGACGAUGGAAAUGCUGCCAGUACGGACCAGGUCAUGGAUAUAGUCCCAGACACUAGUGGGGCAGUUGAAGGCAUGGGGGGAAUUUUUGGGUCUGGUAACGUGGAAGGGAUGGGGGCGGCAGAGGGACCUCGCCAGCCACUGUCCCGUUCCCUGCCUGGUGGGAAAAAUCCGGUGUCUGUCCUGAUGGAGUACAGCCAGCGCAGCGGGAACCCCAUCGAAUUCAUCAUCACUGGGCAGGCAGGCCCACCACAUGACCCACGGUUCAUGUACAAGGUGAAGGUCGGCGAGAGCUUGUUUGCAGAGGCCUCGGCUCCGAGCAAGAAGGCAGCCCGCCAGCUGGCAGCAGAGGAGGCCGUCAAAGAAUUAAUGGCUGACGGGAAAUUGCAGCUCAACAAGCCUCAGUUGCCCCUAGGCUCUUCCAGUGAUAGUGAUGGCCGUGGUUCUGGGACUACAUGUCCCUCUUUGCCCCCUCUGACUGCAGAUGAGUUGCGAGCAGCACACGAGGCAGGGGUUGGGGACCUCAUCAACCACCUGAACAACAACGCAGUGUCAGGUCUUCUGGAGUACGCCAGAGCCCGGGGCUUUGCUGCUGAGAUUCGCCUGGUUGGCCAGUCUGGGCCACCACAUGAGCCUAAGUUCACCUACCAGGCUAAGCUGGGCGGACGGUGGUUCCCUCCAGUCUGUGCGUCCAACAAGAAGCAGGGAAAACAGGAGGCAGCAGACGCUGCUCUACGCGUUCUGAUUGGAGAAGCUGAGAGGGCAGCCCGCACUGGGGAGCUUAUCCCAGCUGAGCUUCCAGUGAGUGGCAGCACUUUGCAUGACCAGAUAGCAAUGUUGAGCCACCAGCGUUUCAACGCCUUGACCACACGUAUCCAGCACAGCCUUCUGGGACGCAAGAUUCUGGCCACCAUUGUCAUGAGGAGGGGGGAGGGCCUGGGGACUGUUGUCAGCCUGGGCACUGGAAAUCGCUGUGUUAAAGGGGAGGAGCUGAGCCUUAAAGGGGAGACGGUUAAUGAUUGCCAUGCUGAAAUCAUCUCCAGAAGGGGAUUUGUUCGGUUUCUGUACAGUGAGCUGCUCAAGCACUAUGAUGGCGCAGAUGACAGUAUAUUUGAGCCAGGGGAGAAAAACAAACUGCAGAUCAAACCUGACAUCACCUUUCACCUCUACAUCAGCACGGCACCUUGCGGGGAUGGGGCUCUGUUUGAUAAGUCCUGCAGUGAAGCUGGGGAUGAAGUCGGGGGCCACCAACCGCUGUUUGAGAACGCUAAGCAGGGCAAGCUCCGCACCAAAGUGGAGAACGGUGAGGGCACAAUCCCAGUGGAGUCAAGUGCCAUUGUGCCCACCUGGGACGGCAUCCAGCACGGAGAGAGGCUGCGAACCAUGAGCUGCAGUGAUAAGAUCCUGCGCUGGAACGUGCUGGGCCUGCAGGGGGCAUUGCUCACCCAUUUCCUGCAUCCGAUCUACCUAAAGUCUGUCACACUUGGCUAUCUGUACAGCCACGGUCACCUGACACGUGCUGUUUGCUGUCGGCUGGCCAGAGACGGUGAUGCAUUCGCCCAGAGUCUUCCUCCUCCCUUCAUGCUGAACCACCCAGAGGUGGGCAGGGUGAGUGUGUACGACUCCACGCGUCACACGGGCAAGACCAAGGAGUCCAGUGUGAAUUGGAGCUUUCCAGACCAGCACAGUGUAGAGGUGCUGGAUGGGACCAAAGGCAAACUGGAUGGGAACAAACUGGGCGUGUCCCGUGUGUCCAAGUCCAACUUGUUCUGUCUGUUCCGCUCUCUGUGCCAGCGGUGUGGCCGCACAGACCUCCUCUCCCUGCCCUCCUAUGCCCAGGCCAAGAUGUCAGCCAUGUCCUUCCAGCUAGCCAAGCAGCAGUUCUUCCAAGCUCUCAGCGUCCACGGUUACGGCGCCUGGAUCGGCAAACCGCUGGAAGAGAAAAGCUUUGAGGCAGGGGAGGGAACCGGGAACAAUGGAGCAAGUGUCCCUGUGGGAUACGGCAGCAGUAGAAACGGAGGAGCCAUGGAGUACAAACAAGAGGAGGCGUAGAACAGUGCAGGGUGCUUUAUUAAGUGGGUAAUAUAAAUAUGUGUGGGGUGGAGAAAAGCACAAGCCAGGGGCAGAUAUGAAGAAAGGAAAAGGACAAUCAAGUAAUGUGUAGCCAGAAGCCAGAACUGUAUCUUCUGAUGGAACAUGGUUAAAGGCUGCUCAGGAAGAGUGAUGGAAACGGACAGAAUAAAAUUAGAGGGAGAUGGCAAGGGCAAAGCCUGAAGGGUGAGUGGGGUCACAGUAGACAGACAGAGCUAGGGAGAGAUUCAGGGGGUGUGUACUACAUGAAAAAGGAAUUAAUUUGAAGUCAAUAAAUCACCAUGGCAAACACUGCUGCAAAGCUGGAUUGUGUUAGCUUGCAAGAUAAUUUCUGUUUUUGGUCUGUUUUUGUUUAUUCUUUUUAUAAAUAUAUGUUAGUUUCAGAUUCUAAUUUCAGUUUGUCUUUACAGUCGUAGUGCUUUCAGCUGUUCUACUUGAUAUGUUAAAUCAUUUUUGCAGGUUCUUUGACCAUUGCAUGAGAUGAUUUGGGCCUCUUUAGACCACUGUUUCCUUAAGUAGCUGACAAGUGCUACUAAUAGGGAUUCCACCUGACAUGGUCUCAGCAUUGUAGCAGUGUUUGUAACUGUAAUUAACUUAAUUUACAGUUUAAAUCAAGAAGUGCUUAUUAUUUUUUUCUGCUCCCUGUGUUCUACUGCAUGGGAAUACAUGCAGCUGGUUUUAGGACGGCGAGCAGAAGCAAUGGGACACUCUCAGCAGGAAUCUUGAUUUUUAUUUUUAUUAUUAUUAUUUUAUAAUUGCACUCAACCGAGUUAAAUUUCUUGAGUAAACUUGGGAAUUAGUCCUCGCUCUGUACGGUACCAGCUUACAAUGUACACAAAAAGCUUUCUUUGUACAUAAGAAGAAUAUUAAUGCCAACUUUUGCUCUGAUCAGUGACUAAGAUUUUAAGCUUUUGCUCCUGUACAUACUGUGAAGACUUCAAACUGGCCCCUCUCUGAGUUAAACCAGCUGUAAGAUUUAAACUUACUGUGCGCCCUCAACUGUCCAUCCAUCCACACGGUGUUGCCAUGGUUUCCAUUAGCACAGCAUCAGCAAGUGCGACCCUUUGAUCAGUCCCACAAUUUCUCUGUGCUUUUGUGCUUUUAUAUGGAUUUACUGAUGUCAAAGCCUCCAAGAAGUACCACACUUCUGAUCUUAUUGCUUGUGUCUGUGUUUUUGAGUAUUUCUCUUUGUUUUCCUUCACGUCUGUCAAUAAGGUUAUCAGUAGCUGGCCAUGCUAAGGAUUCCUGGAAAGUCUCUACUGUCCUGCCUGCACGUUGUUUUAUACAUCUCAAUAAACAAAAAGGCUUUCAGGUUCUCUUCAGUGGCCAGUUGGUGAGGACAGUUUUGUUGUUUAAGGAGAGUGUAGUAUGUUCUUGAUGUGGUUAAAUGUAGAUGGAUGAUGCAAUAUAUACAUCGGUUAUAUACAAAUACAUGAACACACAGAUGUAUCAUGGGUCCAAAAGCCAGAGUCUAGUUCCAGAAAGUCUAAUGUAACAAAAAAACUGACACUUAUACUGUUCAAAGUGCAUGAUGCUGGCGGGGGAGGAGUGCCUGGAGCAUCUCAGACAUAUAUAGUAAUACCUUAUGAUGUUACAGUGGUCUCACAGAUGUUUAUUGUGCUUCAGGUCAGGUGGCUGCAGAGGAAACGCCAUGCAAGUCAGCACUUGCCACAGCCACUGUUUUGCUGGAAAAUGAAUCUUCCUUUAAACGGUUUUAAGCUUGAAAUCAUGCCUCUGUAGAACAGUGGCACUUCUCUCUGCUCGACAUGUAGGUAGCUUUCUUAUUCAGCACUCCUGAAGUUCAGCAUUUUAUUGAGGACGUUCUUAUUGUUUUACAAGUAGACAGAAUUUUCUCUUUACUCAUUUGCUUUAAAUACCUGUUGCAAUUCUUUAAACUUUACAUUAUUUAGAUUUACAGGUAUUAGAACAAGAAGCUUAAAGGAAAAUGUCUGUUUUAAAUGUACAGUUUUCAGACUCAGACUUUUGGACCCCACUCUUUGAGGGUUUGAGUAUAGUGCUGUGUAUAUAUAUAUACAUAUAUAAAAAAUAUAUAUAUAUAUAUAUAAAUAUAUAUGUCUGUGUGUAUGUGUAUAUGUAUAGGUUUCAUGUAUAUAUUUUGUAAAUCAUCUACAAUUGUUUUCUAUUAUUUUCCCUGGUAUUUUAAUUAAACUGCCAUGGAGUAUGCUGUUUUUUUUACCAAUGAUUACCAAAUUUGAAAAAAAUAAAAAGAAGUUUCAGUGGA